AUGUCCUCCGCUUCAAAUACCCCUCCCGAGGACUACUUCAACGACCUCUCCCGCCCCACCGGAAAUAUUGGUCGAAAUAAGCGGAGCAAGACCCCAAGUGGGGAUGCGAACACAGCAACUCUUGAAGCUGGGAGCGGAGGAGACUCGACGGUGCCAAAGCCAAAGAGAAUAGCCUGCAUAAUCUGCAGGAAGAGGAAGUUGAAAUGUGAUGGAACGAAACCAAGCUGUUCGACAUGCACCAGAUUGGGCCACAGUUGUGCUUAUGAUGAGGUUCGAAGGAAGUCGGGCCCGAAAAGAGGAUAUGUGAAGGCAUUGGAAGAGAGAUUAAAACAGGUCGAGACGUUAUUAAAAACCCAAGAUCCUGUAUCUGCCACCACGGAGUCCACCAAAACAUCCUUUCCUCGGCCCAGCAUUGGUACGGCUAACACCUCUAUUCCGGGAGGGGAUUUUGGCGUGUCGAAUCCUGCAGCAGGCAUUGUAGCUGGGGACCAGUGGGGUUUCAAUGGCGAAUCUCCUCAGCAGCCGCCACUGGACGAGCUGGCAUUCUCGGCCGAUAUAAAUAUGAGCAUGGGCAUUGAUGGGAGCACUUUUACGUGGGAGAUGAUCGGACUUGGUCUCGAGGAGCCGCUCCCUCCACAGGACACAAUUGAUGAAUUGCAUGCCAUCUAUUUCGACAAGAUCCAUCCUUCCGUACCCAUGAUACAUAAAUACAGAUACCUCGCGGCGAUGAACUUAGCUCCAAGCCAACGACCCCCUGUUGCACUACGCUAUGUCAUAUGGACACUUGCCGCUUCUGUAACUGAUAAGUUUUUGGAUCUCAAAGAUCAUUUUUAUCGACGAUCUCGAAAGUAUGUGGAGAUGGAUUAUCUGAAGGGCCAUGGAGAGCACAUGAUAUCAGUCGCGCAUGCACAGACGCACGCGUUGAUCGCCUCCUAUGAAUUCAAGAUGAUGUAUUUUCCACGGGCAUGGAUGAGCACUGGGGCAGCCAUUCGGUUAUGUCAGAUGAUGGGUCUGCACAGACUUGAUGGAGAAGGUCUCGAUGUUAAACAAUGCCUCCCCCCGCCUCGGGAUUGGGCAGAGCGAGAGGAAAGGAGGAGGACAUUCUGGAUGGCAUUUUGCUCCGACCGUUACGCCAGUAUCGGAACUGGUUGGCCGUUGACUAUAGAUGAGAAGGAUAUUCUAUCACACCUUCCUAGUUCCGAAGAGGCUUUUGAGAAUAAUAAACCGGAGCGGACGCAAACGUUAUCCGACGCUAUGGAUCCUACAGGGGCUAGUAAGCUCUCGGCAUUUGCAGGCGUUGUCGUAAUGGCCUGCUUGUUCGGACGAAAUCUCAUCCAUCUGCAUCGUCCGGAUGCGGAUGAUCGGGAUGAUGACUUGAACGGGGAAUUCUGGAAGCGCCAUAGGCAGAUGGACAACAUCCUCCUCAAUAUCUCUCUAUCUAUGCCAUCAAAUCUCAAAUUGCCUGCUGGUUUGACUAACCCUAACAUUGUCUUUACGAAUAUGAAUAUCCACACUUCGACAAUCUGUUUGCAUCAGGCAGCAAUAUAUAAAGCGGACAAAAACCGCCUCCCUUCAUCAAUUAGCGCAGAGAGCAAAGUACGAUGCAUCACUGCGGCUAAUGAGGUUGCAGGUAUCAUGCGUUUGAUUUCUCAUCUUGACUUGUCCUCAAUGAACCCAUUCAUCUCAUUUUGUUUGUACGUUGCGGCCCGAGUUUUCGUUCAAUAUUUGAAGAGCCGACCGGAUGAUAGCCAAACCGGUGACUCUUUGCGGUUCUUGCUCUCUGCGAUGAAUGCCUUGAAGAAGAAGAAUCCAUUAACAGAAUCCUUUUUGGUUCAAUUGGACGUGGAUCUCGAAGGUCUUGGCAUGCGAAACCCUAGGUAUAAGUCGGUCUUCGCGUAUAGCGAGGAUAAUCUGGGGAUAUCUAGUGCAAAGGCACCUAUAAUAGGAGAGCCACCCUUCGAUGGACUGCCACGCCAAGACCGGAACCAUUGCACUUUCAUGCCUAUGGCAGCUCACAUCGACCUAGCAGAUACUAGUCCCACAACUAAUCCAGACCCAGUAUCUGAAAGGCCAACGGAGCCUCAGGAUCAAACUACUAGAGAUGACUCAAAUUGGGUGCCCUUUGAUCCGAAUCCACCAACUGAUCAAGGGCAAGAGGUCCAACGAAACAUGGCAGGCCUAGUGAUUGGCGCGGUCCCAACAAAUCGCUAUGAGCGUGGCGAGAUGACCAGUGGUAGCAGCUAUAUGACCAGCGAGAGUAGCAAUAAUGGCGGUGAUGUGGUGCUUUCUCCAGCUACCACACAAUCAACAUCUAACCGGCCAACGCCGAAUUCCGCCACACCUCCGGAUUCCCUUUCCAACCUACAAAAUACCCAAUCUAAUUCGGCUGGCAACUCUUACGGCACAAGUCCUGUAUCAUCGAAUAUCCCCGCUGUCUCGAGCAACGAUCACCGUACCAUGUCUGCAUUCUUCUCCGGGGAGCCAGAUUACAGCAAUAUUUCAGGAACGGGCUUAACACCGGAUAAUAACUUCACCAUGCCGGAGACUCCUGGGAGGCAGUUUGAUGUUCCCAACGGUUGGGAAAUGGCGAAUCAGCAGACGACUGGGUUAACUCCCGUAGGAGAAGGUGUUUUUCGACAUCUAAUGGGGCUUGGACCACUAGAUCCAAUGCAAAUGGACAUCGCUUGGGAAGGAGGCACUUAA